AUAAUUAUUCAAAUAAUUUUGUCAGAUAUCAGUGCAUCUUUUCUGUUCACAAUAUUCCUUGGUAAGUAAACUACUAUAUGCUUGAAAAAACAUACAGCUUAAAACCCAAGCUGGGGGUAUUUUGGUAAAUCAAAUUGGCUUUUGUUCUAACCUGUAUAACAAAAUGGCAGUGAUAAUUUUUGUGGUUAUUUUCUUUUCUGUGGACAUCUUUUCUGUGAAAAUUAUUUUCCACAGGAGAAUCUUUUGUCCACAGGAGAUAACAAUGUUGCAUUAAUUAACAAAUAAAUAUGACGCGUGCCAAAGUUUUUAAUAGCCUAAGUAUUAAUUUACACUCGAGCAUUAUUUUGCAUGGAAAACUGCACUAAAGCAUUAAUUUCUUUCAUCUUUUUCUUUCGCUAGACAAUAUGUGAUGCAUGAAAUUCAUAUUGUUUUAGGUAAAAUGCCUCAUACAAGUAGAUCAAGGUCAAAUUUAAGCGAAGAAGAAAAAAAGAAACGUCGUCGUGAGCAAAAAAAGUUGAGUAUGCGUAGAGCUCGAGCCAAAAUGGACACCGCAGCUCUGGAAGAAAGGCGUAGAAAAGAUAGAGAGCGGUAUCAACGUAAAAAACAAGAUGGACUGAUUAAAACUAUUGCUGACUACACACCAAGACAGCAACGCCAAAUUAGAAAAAUGUGGCGUGAAAAAGCUAAGGUUAGACGUGAGAAAGAGAAAAUCAGAAAACAAACCAAUAAAAUACUUCUAAAUACACCACCUUCCAGCCCAAGUUCUAGUUUUUCGAGGGUAGAAUUAGGAAGAGCAGUGAGCGCAAGAAAUAGACGUAGACUAAAAGCAAAAAAUGAUUAUUUAUCUUUUAGAUUACAGUUAUUGGAAAAAAAAUUAGCUAAAUACAGGAUGAGAAUUUUAAGACUGAAAAGAAAAAAAUAUCAAAGUGAUAAUUCUGAUAAAAUUAACGUGAAGCAAACGAUACAUGACUUUUUACUUGAAGAUGAAAAUAGUAGACUAACUGCUGGUAAAAAGGAGACAAUCACGCGUCGAAAGAUAAAGCAGCAAAUACGCUUUUUAAACGACUCUCUUCUUAAUCUCUUCAAGAUAUUUGUCUCUAAAACUGGAUUAAAUAUUUCUUAUGAGACCUUUCGGCGUCACCGGCCAUUUUGGGUAUUAUCUCCUAAAGUAGCAUCAAGAAAUACCUGUUUAUGUCGUACCCAUACUAAUAAUGAUUUUAUAGUUUAUGCUCUUCAUCAAGCAAAGAUAAUACCCCAUUCUACUGCUACUGAUGUUGCUAAGAGUCUUUGCUGUAAUAAUGUACUUGAUGUUUCAUGUUUAGAACGCAAUUGUUCACAAUGUAUUGGGAAAUAUGUGAAUUUCAAUACGAUUAAUCGUUUAGAUACAAUAAUUUAUCAAAGAUGGGUAACUAAAAACGUAAAUGUUGUCAUCAACGGUCAAGAGAGAAAACUAAAAAAAACCUAUAAAGAAACAGUAAAGACAACUCAACAGUUACUUCUUAAUACUUUAAAAGUAAAUUUGCCUAUAUUUAUGCAACAUCUUGCAAAUAUUAUUAACCAGUAUAAAGCUAUUCGACAAAUAAAACAAAAUCUGACUUCUGUAGAUGGUUUACUACAUAUUGAUUUUUCUGAAAAUUAUUCAUUUAAAUAUGGCACCGCAAUUCAGUCUGCACAUUUUGGGGGGUCUAAAGAGCAGUUAUCUAUGCAUACUUGUGUGUAUUAUUCUUUUCAAAUACCACACAAUAAAAUACAAACAACAUCUAUUUGCACAGUUUCUCAGAAUUUAAGACAUGAUCCCGUUCUUAUUUGUGCCCACUUAAAACCCGUUAUUGAACAAAUUAAAUUAAUUACUCCAGAUUUAAAAAAUCUUCAUAUAUUAAGCGACGGACCCUCCACCCAAUACCGAAACAAGACAAUGUUUCAAAUGAUAGCGAAUUAUCUUGGUAAUAUUACCAAUGCCGAAACAAUCACAUGGCAUUUUACAGAAACAGGUCACGGAAAGGGUGCUCCAGACGGUGUUGGUGGAUGUCUCAAAAGAAUCUGCGAUAAGGCCGUUGCAAAUGGGAGAGAUAUUGUCGAUAUUGAUUCUUUUGUUGACUGCUCAAAAGAAAAUUGCAAGGGCAUCGUAGUUAUUCCCAUUGAUGAUACGAAUGUGCUCGAUAUACAAAAUAUAGCAGAUGCAAUUACUGUUCGCCCUUUCAAAGGAACAUUCAAACUACAUCAAAUUGCUUGGAGCAUUUUAGAACCAAAUAUACUUCACGCGAGAAGAUUGAGCUGUAUAGAAUGUGCUGCAAAUACUAAAUGUUCUCAUUUUGAAAUUGGCCAAAUACUAGUGCAGCAUGUCGAGUCAUAUGGAAGUCCAUCAAAUCUGCCACGAAGAGUUAUAAUAGCUAGCCCUAUUGUCUCUUCUCCCAAUACCGCAUCAGCUUCCACAGUCACUAGAUCCAGGACACCAGAAUCGAUUGGACCUUCUAACGACACACCAUCACCAGAACCUCUGAUAAGCAGACGUCAACCACUUACUCCAAGAAAAAAGCUUAAUUUAGAAGAUGUAUCAGAUGAUUCUGAUUUUAUGACAUCACCAUCGGCAAGACGACCUCGAAAACGUUCAGGAUUAUUUAUUGAAAGUGAUGACAGUGACACAAACAGUUCACCACCCAAGAAUUGCAAAAGGCGUUUAGCUAUAUUUAUUGACACUGAUAGUGAAAACUCACCACCCAAACCAUGCAAAAGACCAAUUGGUAAAAAUUAUUUUAGCGAUGAUAGUAUUGGUAAAAUUUUUUGAACAGAUUCGUUUUACGUUAUAGUUUCGUUUGUUUAUUGAGUUGAUUUGAUUUGAAUUUGUUGAAUAGUUCACAACUUAAGUAUUUAAAAUAUCAAUAUAAAGAAACAAUGUAUGUGGUUGUUUUAAUAAUUAUAGCAUGUAUAAUUAAUAUAUAUGUUUUUACUAUUCGUUAUAAAACAGUAUAAAGUAUG